AUGCAGCACCAGCAGCAGCGAGGGAUGUUCAUACAGACCAGUACCACGCCCAAUCCUGCAAGUCUCAUGUUUCUCCCAGGCACUAAAGUCAUGGAGUCUGGGAGUGCGCACUUUGAGAGCCCAAGGGAUGGCAUGUCCUCACCACUGGCAAAGCGCCUCUUCGCCAUCGACGGAGUGACCGGGGUCUUCUUCGGCUCCGAUUUUGUCACGGUGACAAAGAGCGAUGACUAUGCCUGGAGCGUCCUCAGGCCACAGAUAUUUGCGGCCAUGAUGGAGCACUUCAGCUCAGGGGAUGAGCUGUUCACGGAUCAGUCGGCGGUGGCGCCGGACACGGCCAUCAGCGAGGAUGACAGCGAGGUGGUGGCCAUGAUCAAGGAGCUGCUGGAGACGCGGAUCCGGCCGGCAGUACAGGAGGACGGCGGUGACAUCGGCUUUGAUGAGGAGACGGGGCAGGUGGUGCUCAAGAUGCAGGGGGCCUGCAGUGGCUGCCCGUCAUCCUCGCUGACGCUCAAGUCGGGCAUCGAGAACAUGCUGAUGCACUACAUCCCCGAAGUCAAGGAGGUAGUUGAGGCGCCUGCAGACGAGGCAGAGCUGGCAGGCCUGGAGGAAUUCAACAAGCUGGAGCAGCAUCUGUCAGCCUAA